ACACGGCAUCCCUAUUUAGUAUACAUCUAAUGAAAAAGGUAAACAAAUUAUUUAUUUCGACCGUUAAGUUUAAUGACUCCAAUUUAUAUCGUCUACACAACAAGUUAGCAAAGUUACUAAAAAUAUAAAAAAUCAGUGUAAUUAUAAAAGUGUAAUAUUUAUUAAUAAAAGAAAAAUGUCUGAAAUAAUGGAUUUAUUGUAUAAAGAUUCACUUAAAACCAAUCAAUGGAAUGAUAUUAUAUUAGAAGAACCAAAAAAUCUUCAACAUCAACAAGACCAUGAAAAUAAAUGUGAUCCUAAAAUUAAAGGAAUUAUCAACUUGGAAUCAACUAUGAUGGAUAUAAAAGAAUUUGAAAAUUAUUCUAAAGUAGCAGAUAUUUUUAAUUCACCAAGUCGUCUUCAAUCAAUUGUACCUGAUAAAAAUAAUAAUCAUUCCUACUCUGCAUUAUUGCAAUCACCGGAUAGAAAAGAACUAAGUUUUAAAGUAAUGGGUAAUUAUUCUCUACCAAUGAUCCAAGAAGAUGGAGAUGAUCCAGCUCCUACUACUUCUACUCCUGAACAUAAAAGAAAUAAAUCAUUUCAGCCAAAGUAUAAAUUACAUCGACCACCCGAUUUGAGCUUUGAAUUAGUAGAUGAUGAGCAGGAUUGUAAUAAUUUUGUUGAUGUAACUAAGUGUAGUCCAGUAAAAUCACCAUUUCCUUCUUCGGAUGAACUAGACGAUUCUCUGCUGGGAUUAGAUGAUACUCUUCUACCAAUCUCAUAUGAUUCACCACCAACAAAAAUUCUAAGAACUAACUCACGUGACAAAAAAUUGAUGAAUCUUCUUCAACAUUUUGGUCUUAGCCAUUUAGCUUUAUUAUUCAUGGAACAAGAGGUUGACGUGGAUUUAUUUUUAACCCUUACUGAUAAUGAUUUGAAAGAGAUUGGAAUUGAAAAAAAGACUGAUCGCAAUAUUAUAUUAACAGUCAUUGCAGAAUGUAACCGACGUUUCAAGCCUAUUCAAUUGUAUAACAAUGAGUUUAACUAGUAUUAUUAAAGUAAUUAUCAAAUUUAUCAAUAUUUAUAUACAUAGUAUUUUGAGAU